CUUCUUAUUCAUUUUCCCCAAUAAUAUAUAUACUCUCUCUCUCUCUCUCUCUCUCUCUCUCUCUGUGACCUGUUUCAUCAGUACUCCCUUUAAUACCAUUCUGCAGAAAAAACCCUCUAUUAAACAAUUCACAUUUUCAACCAUAUUCAAUUUUUUGAAUGGUUCUUCUUCUUCUUCACUGAUGGCGUCAUCGGCGUUCAAAUCGACGACUCGGCGAACCACCUUAGGUGGUGGAAACCCCGCCGUAGACUCCUCCUCCGGCAGCUCCGCCACCAAACCUCACCGCCGUUCUCGGAGUCUCAGCAGAGUUAACCACGGUCCACGGCGGUAUGAGGAGCCGGCGCAGGUUGACUUAGGCGGCAAUGCGGCUCCGCGUGGGAAGUUUGUUAAUACGAUUAGAGGAUCGGGAGUUCCUGAAAUCAGCCUUGAUGAUCUGGCAAUUGAGUUUUUCUCUCAGGAGGAGGACAGAGAAAAUAGUGACCGUGGUAGGUCGGAGAGGCGUGCGUCGGGGAUAGGGCAUUGGGCGAGUGAAACGGCGUCGUCGAGGAGGCGUGGUAGGUCAGUUUCGAGACAGGGGACGAAGACUUCUACUGAUGAUCGGAAAAGUGUUGCUGCUGAUCGUUCACGGAGUAAGAUAGCUACGUCCGAUGCUAGUUCGAGGAGGAGGAGGUCGGUUUCUGCUGAUCGGUAUCAGAUUAGUGAUUCCGAGAAUGAUGCAGAUCAUUAUCGAAAUUCCAGCGGUCAAAUUGCCAUCAAGAAGAGUCAGAGCAACAAAAUUAGUGACUUUCCUUCAUCAGUGAAGCCAACAGCUGUAAAUAAUCCAAAAUUAAGGAGGUCUUUUAGCCAAAAAGACAUGUCGCUCUUACAUGAUGGCUACUCUAGUCACUCUUCUGCCUUGACUGACGAUGACACAAAGGAUGCUCUUAUCUGUAAAAAUGGCAUCGAGAAAACCAUUCGAGCAGUUUAUGCACAGAAAAAGGGUGAGCAUCCAAAUGGGAAUGUUAAUGGUGAACUAUACGAAGCAAUGAGAAAAGAACUCCGGCAUGCUGUUGAAGAAAUCAAAACUGAACUUGAGCAAACCAUGGGGAAGAAAACUAGUGGCUCCAAGUCAGGUCAUAUGGCCAGAAAGAAUUAUGUGGCAAAAUUGGAACAGGAAGACCAAAGAGGUAGGGAUCGGCGGAUUGUCAAAGAACUUCCCGUUACAAAAAAUUCUGCUGCUGGGCAGAAACAACUGCGUAGGAAGAGAAGCAAUGAUAGAAACAGGACGUCAACACAAUUGAAUGAGGAGGCAGAGAAGUUUUUUGAGGAAUUCAUUGCAAAUCUAGAAGAUACAGAUUUUUCUUCUUUUGAUGGAGAAAGAAGUGAUGCAAGUUCCACACUAGGAGGAAUAGCUAAGCCAAGAGAUAGUAUUACUUAUGGGGACGCAGUUAAUCAAAGUCCAGCAGGAUCUAAUUGUAAUCCUGUUGGAGCCGAUGGGGUUAUCUUACCGUGGUUGCAGUGGGAGACAAGCAAUGAUGCUUCUUUCACUCCCGUAAAAGAAGUGCAAACUCCUGUUAGUAGGAAAACGCCAAUAUGUGAUUCCAGACAGGACAUCACCUCCCCUCAGAAUGAUAGUAGUUAUUCCAUCAGCAGCCAUGGGAGUUGGAGCCCAGCAAUUCUACAGAGUCAUCAGAAGAAUAGAACAAUCUAUACGAUAGAAGAUGGUGGAAACAUAUCACGAGAACUUGAAAGUUGCCAAAGUUCAGGAUUUGAUAUGGCUGAAUACGACAAGCUUAAACGAAGUGAAGAGCUGUUGUUUGAAAGGUACAGAGAACGGAAUAGAAUUAAUUCAGGUGGUCUUUUACUUUGCGGUCAUUUUCGCUAGUUACAUGAUAUUGCUGAUACUCAUUUGCAGUUAGUAAAGUAUAUAAGUUACUCAAGUUAUUUAGGAGUAGCAAAAAUUUCCAUGUAGUGAAUCUUGGAAGUUGGAAUACACUGCAUCUUGGAUUUUGGUUGGUUAA